UCAAGGUUGGUUUACUUACGUGGAUCAUCAUUUAUCAUAAGACUUCUGUUAAAGGUUGAGCAAACACAUUUAUCUUCAGUAAGGAUAUGUAAUAAGCCUGUGCAUCGUGAAAUUGAUUUUAAAAUUCACUACAAUAUGGCAUUCUAUAUAUCAGUCGUAUUACUUUUUCUCGUGAAGUUUACUGCGGCAAUGGAAACGGUUACAGUAGAGACAAAGAUUGGUGAAAUAAAGGGAUACGCACGGACGAUCGAGCCAUUUGGGAAGCCCGUUCGAGUUCGACAGUUUCUUGGGGUACCUUACGCCGAACCACCAGUAGGUGCACUACGGUUUCAGAAACCUGUGAUGAAACUAAGAAUGGAUGGCGUUUAUGAUGCCACGAACUACAAGCCUGCCUGUUCACAACUCUAUAUGGAUCUUUUAGGAGAGCGGAAGGAUGGUUCGAUACAGUACUCAAACGACUGUUUAGUGUUGAAUGUUUACACACCAGACAAUCUAGGAUCGAGUGCGAAUGUACCAGUUAUGAUCCUUAUUCAUGGUGGGGGUUUUGUCAUUGGAUCAUCAAACAUAUACUCUGGUCAUAUAACAAGCGCAUAUGGAAACGUUGUCGUGGUAACUAUCAAUUACAGAUUAGGCCUAUUUGGAUUUUUGAGCACUGGGGAUUCAAGUUUGCCGGGAAAUUACGGACUAUGGGACCAACAUAUGGCUAUACGUUGGGUUCAUGAAAAUAUUGCAGCCUUCGGAGGUGAUCCUGAACAAGUGACUUUACUAGGGGGUUCAGCCGGUGGGGCAAGUGUGAUUUUCCAAGCAAUGUAUCCUGGUAAUAAAGGACUGUUCAAGAGAAUUAUUCCCCAAAGUGGGAGCAUAACAUGUCCAUGGGCUUAUCAACGCGACUCAUUACAGAAUGCCAAAAGAAUGGCAAAUAUUGUUGGUUGUGCGACUGACGUAGAUUCGUCACAACUCGCAUCUUGUCUUAGGAAAAUUCCUGACGAAGUUUACAUGGAAGCUAUGAAUAAUCCUGCGAAUAAUUACAGAAGAUUUCCUCUGGAAUUCGUAGUUUCUGUUGAUGGAGAAUUCGUUCCAUUAUCUACUUGGGAAAUGCUUCAUAGCGAGGUUGAUGUUGCAAAAGAAAGGCGGAAUUUUUUCCGCAGUAUUGAUAUUAUGGCAGGACUCGUGGAGGACGAAGGAUUCAUGAUGAUUACGCCUUUUGUAGGCGUUGAUAAUACAGACACAUUUUCAACGAACAGAUCUCACUUUGAAAAUGAAUUAGUUCCGGAGAUAGUACGUGUAAUGUAUGGAGAAAACGUUCCAGACAGUAUAAAAGCUGUCAUUGUUUCUGAAUACACGAACUGGAAUGACCCAGAAAAUAGCGAUAGUACGUAUGACUCUUUCAUAACUCUAAGUUCCGAUUAUGUGUUCAACAGUCAAACAAUGGACAUUACAAAAAUCCAUGCCACAAAAGAUGGGGACAGUUCCAAUACGUAUCUUUACCUGUUGAACGCUUUUUCCUCUCAGCACAUCCUAUGGGUUCCGCCCACGUGGAAAAGGGGAUCAGUUCAUGCUGACGAGUGGUCAUUUAUUUUAGGGUACGAUUCUGAUACAGGAUUUACAAGCGCGACAGCUCCAUAUGGUCAGGAACCGGAGGAAUGGGAAAUGGAAAUGUCAAAAGUAGUUAUCAAGAUGUGGACGAAUUUUGCGAAAAGCGGGGAUCCAAACAAGCCUGAAAGUAUUCCGGUUGUAUGGCCAAAGUUCACUUUAGAAAACCAGCUGUAUCUCAACAUAAGUAGAGAUAUGUCAGUAGGACAACGGUUAUUUGAGCGAGGAUACAACUUUUGGACAAAUGUUCUGCCUGAACUUGUCAAGAUGACAAAGGCAUAUAAUACGAUAGAGAAAAAGAUGUAUUGCAAUAAAAGCGGUGAUUGUCCACCAUAGUUACAAAAAGAGCCUGACGUACCGUUAGUGAACAAACAAACAUAUAAAUAAGACUCUCAUGGCGCUCUUUCCGGGAACACAAAAUAAUGCAAUAGUUUUUUAUGAAGAAGAAAUUUAUUAGAAAUACUGUAAACUAGAUCAAAUUUGUAAUAACACGUGUAAGAAAUGUAAGUCAAUAGGGACGCUGAAAUUUCGUUUUCAUUUGGCUGUAAAGAAAAUUUAAAACAUGCAACCUCAAUCAUGUCCCGCCAGAUGGUGAGAUCCGAAAGGAAUAUUAUGUAUUCUAACAGGACCAGCUGAUAAGCAGCUAAUAACCUACAUACUUGUAGAGCAAAAUCUAACUCUGAUUAUUCUGCAAUAAGCCGACUUUGAAUUAUGCUGCACGCGCACCGUGUUUCCGCUAUGAUGCGGCGUAGCACGCAGUUGUAUUUUACGUUUGAUAAAAAUACUCAUCUAAUUCUCGUCUAACGUUAUUUGAAGAAAGUCGUGUUAGAAUCGAAAUGAUAAGUAUCUAAAUAAGGUUUAUCGUAGAAUAACCCUCGUUUGUCAUUCUUAUGCGUAGAAAUAUAUCAUAUUCAUACAUAUAAGAAAUCCAAAUUCAAGUUUUUCUACGAUAAACCUUAUUUUGAUACUUAUUAUUUCUUAAAUGACGUAGACAAUGUUUUCGCCUUUCUGUCCUUCUGUUGGCCAUUUCGUUUCCACUCAAACAUUUAAAAAAUCUUUGACUUGUUAUCCUUAAAAUUGAUAUAAAUAGUGUUGCUCAUAGGCAGUGAAUGGCCCUGUUGCAUUUGAGAUCACUGGGUCAAAUGUCAAUGAAAAACUUCGACAAAGUGACACUGUUUAUGCUUAAUAUAUCCAGAAGGCCCUGAUUUACGAUCCUCUGACUUGAAAUGCAGAUUUUCAAAGCGCAGUCCAUGAUCCCAACUGAUUUGGAGGUCACAAGGUCUGAAGCCAGGAUAACAGUCAAUGUUGGUACAAAACUCAUUUCUGGUGAAAUUCUUGUGAACCCUUUUCUCUGAGAUCCUCAAAUAUGGCAGAUUUAGUGCUAAGAAUUUUACCUACGACUCUCAAACUUUAGUACAAGACGUUGUGUACAUUGGCAGUCAAUUAUCCUGAAUUUCUUUGAUCAGUUGAAUUUAAAAUCGCAGUAACAAUUACAUAAAUAGAGAUAUGGAAGUUUCUUAGUCAAAUAAUAUGGUCAUAUUAUACGAUUUUUUCAGACGAACGCAUUUAUUGUAUGAUUGUGAAAAUAUCCAUACAGUUUUUUCGCUAUAUAUAUUCUUCAGAAUGCCUUGACCAAUGAUUUUCAAACAUGAUAGGUACAUUGCUUCGGAAA